AACUCUAGUUACCAACACAUUCAUAUCCACGUGCAUUUUGUUUACAAAUUUAAAUUCUCCCAAGUUUCAGGAGGAUCUUAAAAAGUAUAUUUUCUUGUUAAAUUUCUUAAAUUUCUAAUAUUUUGUGAGUAAAAUGUCUACAGAAGAGGAAUUCUCGAAAUGGCUACGUCGCAAAGAUAAAACCUUCGAGGAAAACUUAAAAUUUGCAAUUAAAGCAUGGCAAUCUGUGGAAUUUAUAUUGCCAACAAAAUAUGAAAUAAUACUGCAGUGGAUAUCAGAACACACUGAUGUGCCGGAUGACCAUCUAAAUAAGGACGAUCUAAAAGAACUUCUCAAGUUGAGAGCACAGCCUGGACUGAUUAGCAAAGAUGUAAAGUACACAUUUAUUAAGUGGUGCUUGCAAAUGAGCGGACUCUAUGACCAUAGUACAAGAAAAUGGUGCGAAAUCUUAGCAUUGCUUAUCGAAUUUGAACUGCUUCAGGACCUUCUUAGGAUGGACUACGAAAUACAAGCAAAAGUGUAUGAAGAAAUUUUUACCAGCUAUGAGUUGUACCUGUCAAAGAUUGUCAAUAAUUUUCUAAGUACCAACGAAACCGAGUUUAUAGCUUCCAUUUUGAGAACAUUAAAGGAAACAAUUCAGAGAUGUGGGGAUGUGACGAAGUUUCAAACCAACUACACCUCCAAUACAUUGGAUGCCAUGACAAAUGUAGUACUUAUCAUGAGAACUUUGAAAGUGGAUUUCUUCCAAGAGUUCACUGAAAUUGAGCGCCUGCUAAUCAUGGAAAUGAGUGAUAUGGAUUUAAGUGAGCGCAUUAACAAGAUGUCUUUGCACGUUCGAUUGUUGGUACUAGAAUCGUCUAUUGUUAAUCGCAGAAAUGUUGAUGACUACACCAAUGUUAUAUUAACCAAUAUUUUCGAUGAAUCUACGGAAGAUACGUCGCUCAAAUUGACUAUUGCUGCUUACGUAUUGGAAAUGUUUUCGCGUCAUGAUGUUAACAUAAACAUGGAAUGGAGUAAAAGCGAAACUGCAUUGCAGUUCCUGGGCAAGCGAAUAUAUGAUGUUAUUAAAGAGGUCCAAGAUACCCACCUGAAAGAAGUUUUAAUGGUGCUGUGUGCAGCUUUACGUUUAAAUCCAUUAAUUUUGGAGGACAAUGUAUUCAAAAUUACGGCUAAUGUAAUUUUAGCAACGAAAUCUGGUGAUAUUAAAGAGAAGCAAUUGUUUGAAGAAUAUUUGGUUCUAUUGAUGGAUAUGUUUCGCCGAUUGAGUCGGGCAGAGAAAUUUGUUAGUAACCUAAUAAAAGCGCUCAAUACUCGCUUGGAGAAAGUUGACAUUGCUGCAACUAACAAAAGAAAGGGCCAAAAUGAAAUUAAUUGCACAUCUUCAAAGAAAAAGAAAAUGGAAAAACCAAUUGAAAGUGAGAACCCUAACCAAGGCAUCGCAAAAAAAUAUCUGGACAUACUAUUUCAAGAUUUCUUUAAGCCUGUCAUGACACAAAAGAAAUUGGAAGAAAAUUCGGCACUGUCCAUGUCAUUGUCAUUUCCAACAUUGACAAAUUUUUGGCCCAGCAAUCCAGUGGGAGUUGCCUUUUCAAAAAUAGUAACUGGUUUAGUUACAAAGCCCUCGUUGGUGAUUUGGAAAACCCUCUUGUUUUCGCUUAAGGAAUUAAUCGAAUCAUAUCAAGAUAAGAGAACUUUAAAUGAAAAAGAACUUCUUCAAUUGGAUUUCCAUGUUGCUUUGCUGGCUCAAUAUUUUGCAGGGUCGAAGUUAGCCGAACAAUCUGGGCACUAUCUCAGCGAUAUAAAUAAUCAGCGAAAAUUAACCGUAGAGGUACUACAGGUGUUUGGAAAAUUCAUAUUGGAUCGAGAACAUCAACCCCGAACUAUGGCUGCAUUUUUAGAAUUGUCUUAUUUUGCUACAUCUUUGGAGCUAAUGAUAGUUUUCUAUCGGCCGGAUGGCAGCGCCGACGAAACAUUGCAACCACAAAAGUUAUUGGAAAAACUACACUGUUUUCUGUCUCCGGAAGAGUGGUUGCUAAUACAGCAACGUGUACUAAAUUUUGGUCAGUCGAGUUGUAAAUAUUUGCUUCAACGUCUAAGUAUGCAAAAAUCUCAAUCGUCUUUAUUACUGAUGGUUAAUUCCCCCCAACAAGAAAAAAUGCAGCUGGAACGAACAUUUGAAACUGGUGACAAGGAGCAAUUGCAUAGUUUCUUAAAAUCCAACAAUGCCAAAUGGUUAAUUUCACAACUGCCUAGGAGUAGAAAGAUCCCAGUUGCUGAAUAUGUUAUUCAAAGUAAAGAUUUAUUGACCAUUGCCUGCCAUGAUCUGGAUCUAUUAGAGUUUUCUUGCUUGGCUAUUUACGAGAACAUAUGUUCAUCAUUUUCUUCCAAGAGUGUCUUCCGUUUAAAGUCUCUGUCGUGUGAAUUUGACGAAAUUCGUCAAUGCGUAGAAGUUUCAGCCACGGAAACUUUAAUAAAACGUUUAAUUUCUGUUAUUAAUGAACGCACUGACAAAGAGUACAAAAUAAAAAGAAUUGAUACCGAUCAAAUACGGACAAAUUUAAAUUUACUUUCGCAACUUCCAAUUGGACAUUUGAGGCGCCAGCGGAAAACAAUUAUAUUUGCCUUGCAUCUGUGCCUUUAUCGUGAUCUUAAAUGCGGGAACGAAGAUGAAUUGGCUGCACAAGCAUUGGACAUAAUGAAAGAUAUCCUCCACUUCGGUCAGCAAGUUUUGAUUUUCAAAUAUUUUGACGCAAAACGAUUGCUGAAUCUAUUGCCCACGGAAACUUGUUGGCAGCUCUAUGAAUUCUUGUUUUCAACUUUAAAAAAUGAGGAAAAAGGCACUGACAAAUUUCUUGAUGAUUUGGUUGCAAUUAUCAAUGAAGCACUAUCGCUGCAUACAAUGGAUAAUGAGCAUCGCAAGCUACUGUUAAUUGCUAUUGAUUCACUUGCAUCGAUAACUGGUCCCAGUGCUAAACGAAUGCGAAAGCAUUUGAUGUCUUUUUUGAAAAUAUUCUCUAAAUAUUUAGAUGAACAUUUUGAUGAAUCGAACGAUGGUACUUCCAAGAAAGAUAAAAAGUUUGUUCAAAAAACCUUGGCUGGUUUCGCCUCAUAUGCCUCGGUAUUAUUGGCUAAGGCGACAAAAGUGAAAGAUGAAAAAGAAAAUCAAAAUGAACAUUCUAAUGAUACAAUGUUGGAGCAAGAAAUCGAUGAAAACUUUAGGCGCAUCAAUAAAAUUUACAUUGGUCAUUCGAUGGAUUACCGAAAUCCCCAUGCUUUACGUCUCAUGAAUUUGGCUUUAAGUCAUCGUGAACUUCUGCACUUAGAUCAAGAUGAAAUUGAAUUUGUUCUCACAAAUUAUUGGACACAAAUCAAUGCAGAUUUACAAAGUCUGGAAGGUCAUAGUAACAGCAAAACCAUUGAAACUGCUAUUAAACUAAUUAUAAGCAAUAAAACUAACGAAGACCUGCUGCUUACACUCAAGUAUCUAGCCAAUAAUGCGGAAAAUACAAAUGUUUCAAAUGUAUUGAAAUUGUUAAGACUGAUUGCAAAAUGUCCAUUCAGUACAAUAAAAGGAGCUAUUUUCAAUGAAAUGUACAAGAAGAUUACCUUCAAUAUAACGCUGCAUCUGGAAAGAGAUGAACGACAACAGUUUACCGAUUACGACAAAGUAAUUGAAAUUUUGCUGUGCCAUAAAGCUGUUCUUGAAAAUAAAAUGAUUUCCAUAUCCACAGAUACCAUGGACAGCAUCCUUUCGUUCUUAAUGGAGAUUAAUAUUAAAAAGUUUCCAUUAUGUGAUACGAACAUACAUAUCUUCAAUUCCUUGCAUAUAUCCAUUAGUGGAGUUUGUUCAUCGAUUAUUAAACAUCGUCACUUACUUUUAAUGGACCGCGCACCGCAAUAUAUGCAUGUCUUCAAAGAUCUAAUACAAUCUGUGGUUUGGUAUAAAAGUGAUCGUCAAAAGGACACAGCAUUGCCCAGCGAUGAAUUGGAUAACCUUGCCGAAUUGGCGAUGAAGUUAGAGGCUUUAAUGCAUUUAAUUGCGCAGCACAGUGUCGCUUUUAAGCGAGUCUCUCCAUUUAUUUUGACAUUUAUAAUUAAUUUAAUGGUCAAAAAUCAAAGACCCACCACGCUAUACAACAAGGUAAAAACUCACGUUGAAAGUAUAUGCUAUGAUUUGGUUGGCAUUUGCGAUCAUCGUGCUAAGCACUUCAUUUUACGUUGCUCUAAUGAGGCCGGUCGUCAGCUAUACGAAGUUCUGGUUAAAGAUUAUCAAAAAUACCAUAAAUUCAAGGGUAAAGUGUAAACUAUUCGUCACGCAUAUUCAAUAUGCUACAUUUAUACAUGUAGAUUUCACAAUGUUUUCUAUCGUUUUUUUGUAAUAAAACAUUUUUGAAUUUUA